GGAGGAUGGUCCCUCGAUGUUUAAACGAGAAGAAAAAGGAACGUCGUUCAAUUGGAAAAUAAGUAAACGAGUUCUGGGAAGUCACGGACAACGAGAAGAUGAAGAGGCGCGGGACGAGUCCGAUUCUUGAACGUUUCCGGUCGUCGGAAUCUGAUCGAUGGAUGCACGUUGCACAUUGUUCUCACUUUCUUUCGCGUCACCGACGUCUUUACUUACGCUUUCCUUUAUUUCGAUGCCCUCGUUACAUUUUCACGUGACGAUAAGAUGAUGCGACGUAAUAGAGAUCGUUGAGGUCGGUUCGGGUUAAAUUGCUUCAAAUUUGCGAUACGACGGCCUACCUUCCACGUUCGCGUUUCAGACGCGUGAGAAAAAGAACGGCGUGGCACGGAAUCACGGAUUAUUUCACGAGGAAGAAGGAACGUCGAGGACGCUUCGAUCGUCUCGGAUGUCGCGGAGGAGGAAAUGGUCGAUACUUUCGCGAUCGUCGCAAUUGUCGUAUUUCUGUGCAACAACUCUCUACUUCUCGCUUUCGACACAGAAAUUCUCGAUGAUGCAAUUGGCACUAGAUCGCGGACUUGGUGCACUCGCGACGACAAUCGAUGGCCGGAAGAAACGGCUCAAAGACGUUAGAUCUCGUCUGAAUUUGAUCUUGAAUCGACGUCGCGAGAGUCUGUAUGAAAAUCCGCGGUCUAAAGUCGCGAGCGUGUUUCCUCUUCGUUCCGACCUUGAUCGAACGUGUCUAUUUUCUUAAUCGAUCGAUUUGUCGAUAUCGAAGUUGGUCCACUCGAACGAACGCGGUCGAGCGAACGAGGUUGCAUUUUUUCAUCGUCCCACACUAGUUUUGCCAGCGGCUUUUUUUUGCGCGCGUUUACAGCGUCGAGCACAUAAUCGGACAAAAUGGAUAAUAGCGGAGAUUCAUGACGACACGCACGACACUCGUACGAGUACAUACACGUCUUUACGUACCAAUACGAUUCUUUUGAAUCGAGCUCCGAGUCAUCUUUUUUUAUUCUCGCGAUCGUGCAUACCGCUUACUUUGGUCAACCUCGUGAACCGCGUGAUUACACGCGGAAACGUUUCGAACGGCAACAAUUCAAUGCUUCGUUCGCUCGAAGGUUUUUUCGAAGACACACGUGCCUGCCAUAUCUAAAUAAUCUAAGGAUAAACAACGAGGGAAAAGAACCGACGACGUGCCUCUUCUUCAAACUUGGCUUAACCGACGUGCUGGCCGCGUCGAGGAGCCGAAAUCUGCGCGAACACGCGCCCGUCUCCGUCACCCCCCGCGUGUAACGCAUGCCGAGGCUCGAACGGAAGACGAUCCAUCGUCGAGCGAGCGCGUUUCCGCACUACUCUAUAUCUGACCACCGUUCGUCUUCGCGGGCCUCGAUGCGUCGGAUCGAGAUCGUCGACGAUCGGCGAUCGAAACCGGUCGCAGACCUUCUUCGACUCGAGUUCGAGCGUUACGAUUCAUCGCGUCGUCACCAAGAGGGAAAAACAGAGGAUCUAUCGGAAAGAGGAUAGUCAGCACUCGGUUCGUCCACUAAGUCCAACGGUGCACGAGUUAUGCAAUUACAUUUGUAAUGGGCCAACAUUCAACUCCGACAACGCUGGCAAUUCGCGAAGGAAGAACAAUGCGACGGUGACGCGGACGUUUUCAACGAUACUCGGUGUCACUGUGAAAUUUCACUGGAACCAGUCGACGUUGCCAUUGCUCACGAGACCCUUACGAUCUGAAGAGUCACUCGAGGAGCGACGAGAUGAUGCUGAUCAAGAGUUUCUUUCGGAGGAUCAUCAAGGACUUCCGGCACAAAGAACUGCUACCCCUGAAAAUGAUAUUCUUCGUUCAAGCAUCGACACUCUAUGUACUUUAUCCGUACUUGACCAUACACAUGAGGGAGUUGGGUAUAAACGUGGAAGAAACUGCCAUAAUGAGCGCAAUAACGCCGGUGAUAGCGAUGGUGAUGCCUCCCUUGGCCGGAAUGCUCGCCGACCGCGUGGGAAAUUUCAAAAUCAUGCUGUCGCUGUUCUCGUCGUUCGGCGGUCUCGCGUCUCUUCUGUUGCUGCUGGUGCCUAUCGGCAGGAUAACCGUGGAACUUCCGGACAGAGUCGUGAUGGACCUCGGCUGCGCGGGCAACGACGGGCUGAUCUACGCGAUGAGCGAGGAUUAUCCUUGCGAGACGAGCUUACAGCCGGAGAUCUCGACGAGGAUAGAGAGUUGCGGUUACGCGUGUCGUUUGGACGUUCGCAACGAAGCCGAGAUAAAGUCGAUCUUGUCGUCCCGACAAUACACGAUCGGACGAUCGAACAUAGAGACCGGCGCGAAUUCCACGAUCAAAUUUUCAUUCGCUCGGAACGACAUGCCGAGGGAGGAAACGGACGAAGAACUUCGGGAGCACCGAAAAUUGAGGAACAACGAGCACUACAGAACGUCGGUUCGACGAUUGUCCGCGGCCGAGUAUUUCUUCCCGGCGAACCGGCUGUACGACUUCUCGUGCAUCGUGUCGGGCUUCGUCGAGGACUUGGAGACGUCGACCCUAGACAACGCCAUGUCCAACAGAAUUUACGAGAACCGUACGUUGUGCACUUUCAAUCCCGUCGUGAUCCACGAGGGCGACGCGAGUCGAACGACUAAUUAUCACUCGUACAAGUCGAAAUUGAAGCUCGCGGACGAGACGGAAGAAGAUCGGAGGAUGAAACGGCGACGAUACCUAUCGAACGAGAUGGCGUGGACAGGAAAGGAGUACCAGAGGAUAGCCUGUGGAAAUCCGGAUCUGGAGAACGAGCGGGUCACUCUGACCCUGUCGCUCUUCAAUUAUUCCGCGAGCCCGGAACCCUACGAGGUGUUGGAGGCGGAAGGCUGCAGUAAACGGUGCAUCGUCACCGCUCCGCGAAACGAGACGUGCUCGAACGCGAAGACGAUCAUCGAGUACAACGUGGGAGUAACGUUCUGGAUGUACUUCGCGAUUCGAGUGUUCAUUGGUGUGAUCGGAGGGAGCACGUUCGCCAUGUUCGAGGGUGCGGUGAUCGCGAUAUUGCGCGAACAGAAAGCCGAUUACGGCCUCCAAAGGAUCUACGGUAGCAUCGGCAGCAUGAUAUCCUCACCGCUCUCCGGACUGCUGAUCGAUUACGCGAGCUCUGGCAAGAGUUACACGGAUUUCAGGCCGGCGUUUUAUUUAUACACGGCCCUGAAGCUGAUCUCGGGGCUGUUGAUGCUCGCCAUUAAUUUGGAAUUCAAAUCGCCGGCGAGCAACGUGGUCCGCGACGUAUUCAGCGUGCUGAGGAACGUCGAGGUCGCAGCCCUCUUCGUCGCCUGUUUCAUCCUCGGCACCGCUUGGGGAUACAUCGAAUCGUUCCUCUUUUGGUUGAUACAAGAUUUAGGUGGAUCAAGAUCACUCAUGGGUAUCACGAUAACCGUAGGCGGUAUUGCCGGUAUACCAUUACUGGUACUAUCUGGCCCGAUCGUAUCGAAGAUCGGCCACGCCAAUGUACUUUUCAUAGGCUUCGUUUUUUACGCCAUAAGACUCUGCGGUUACUCUUUAAUAUACAACCCUUGGCACACUCUCAUCUUCGAGGCAUUAGAAUCCGUGACUCAGUCGCUCAGCUUUACCGCUGCCGUCACUUACGCAGCGAGAUUGUCUACCACUACCACCGACAGCUCGAUACAGGGAUUGUUGGGCGGAGUUUAUUACGGAGUCGGCAAGGGCGCCGGGAGCUUGAUCGGCGGAUACCUGAUGAAAGCGUUCGGCACGCGGCCGACUUAUCGAAUCUUCGCGGCGAUGACGUUGAUUACCGGCACGAUGUACUACGUGUUCAACGUGGCUUACCUGAAGAAACGGCCACAGGUCGAGGGUAACGAUAUCGUGAAGAAGAAGCCCAAGAACGCGGAUAAUCAGAACGGUCUCGAGAACGGAACCAUCGAGAUCGGGUCGUUGGAGCAGCGUAAGAAGGGCGAGGGGAGCGAUCUGUCCGGGAUCGACAAUCAAACGUUCGUCCAGGAACGGGAUAACGUUGAACCUGUGUCCGAAAAGGAGACGAAGCUCCAGCGGAUCGACACGGAGUCGAUCGACGACGGAGUCGAGAGGGUGCCGCCGGCCGAGAGCAGAAAGAAGUUCGACGCGAAGAGAUUGAGCAAGGUGCAGAUCGACGAACGCGCGAAACAGAACGGGACGACGAAUCCGAGCUUCGAGAACCAGGAGAACAGCUGCGACAUCACUGUCGAGAGACAACCGGAGGAGAAGAAGUGAAACGAACGAGUUCCUCCAGAGAUCUCGUCUCUCCUCGUUUUUUGCCGUAAACCGAUCUCUGCGCGAGGUCUAAGUUGGUCCAUCGCGCGCGAUCACGAAGCUUAGCGCGCACGUGUACACGUAGAUCGGUCGGAGGAAACGCGAGAGUAGUGUAUCAUGUACAUUGUUAAAAUAAUGAAAAUAUAAGGGCAGCUUCCCAAAGAGGCUUUGUUACGUGAUCAUGCGAGUCACGGUGACGUGACUGCGAAUUCCUAUGAUGUACGAUAGCCGAAUCGCAUCGUUCACGAGCCAGGAUAAUUGUAAAGUGUCUUCGUCUCCCAUAGUUUAAAUAAAAGACUAGAACGAA